AUGAUCUGGUAUCUUCUUUACCCGCUCAGAGGGACAACCGAGGCCCCUCUGUUGCCACCAAAUCACCCCCUUCGAAGUGCCUUGACCAGAUAUGGGAGAUAUGCUGCUCGACAUGUCCUCGCAACUCUGCUGAUUUCCGUGGCCGUUGCUGGUAUUCUCAUCUAUCCCUGCCCCUUCCUCUACACGACCGACUACACCAUCGCCGCACCGAACCUUCCUCUCCAUGUCUGGACCGAUGCCCAGCCACUGGACGACAGGCGUGCUGUCGAGCCCGAUAUUAUUAUGCGCACAAUUUGGGUGCACGGGAGCUACAUGAAGGCCCUCGACCGCGACGUGCUCCUUGGCGCACUGGAGCUGCAGGAUGAGAUACUGGGGCCAACCACGGACUUCAACCCUCGACGGCCCAAGAGGAGCAUCCCCGAACUCGACCCGCAAGCCGACCUUACCCAGCAGGACAGGGACGCCUUCCAUGUCAUCAAUGGCCUCACGGAACAGUCUUGGUUCUUCCACUCGCCUCUGCAGUACUGGGACUGCGACGCCGAUAACAUUGCGCGAGAUUCAGACUUCAUCAACACGGUCAACGAGAAGAAGACGCAACCGACGUCGGUCAAUGUGACCCUGCGGCAUUCGAUAGUCUUCAGCGGCAAGAAAUUCGAGGACAGGCGGCUCAUUGCUGCCGACGCCCUAGUCAUCACCCUACUCCAUCUGCAAGACUCGCCAGUUGGGAGGCAAUGGGGGAGAAAGACCAAGGAAUGCGCUGCUCGCAUGGCAGACAAAUGGGACGUUUUCCCCGGUGACGGUGUGUCAGCUGGCUCCCAGCUCUUCGAGUUUCAAUUCCGUCCAAUUUCGAUCCAGGACGCCAUCUUGCUCUCUCUGGCUUACCUACUGACAACUUCUUACUUCUUGCUGAGCCUCUCCAAGAUCAGAGCCGUCAAGUCCAAACUCGGUCUGAUCGUGACCGUUGUUGCCCAGAUCAUAAUGUCGAUCGUUUCCAGUCUCACCGUGUGUGCCCUUUUCAGGAUCGAUCUCUCUAGGAUCCCGAGGGCGGCUUACCCUCUUGUACUAAUGGCUAUGAGCUUGGAAAACAUUUUCCGGCUUAUCAACGCUGUGAUCCUCACGCCAUCCGAUCACAACACCAGCAGCAGGAUUGGAUAUGCGUUCGGCGAGACCAGUCAUGUUGCGCUCGCAAGCGUGGCGCAGAAUCUGUUGAUUCUCUGGGGCCUGGCCAGGGUGGUUUCUUCAGGGGUCUCGGCGUUUUGCACCUUUGCAGCCAUCGCCAUUCUCUUCGACUUCUUCUACCUUUCGACAUUUUUCCUCUCUGUUCUCAGCGUCGAUGUGCGCCGGACCGAGCUGGGAGACGCCUUGGAGAAGGCUAGUAUCAGGAACAACCGAAUGGCCCCAGAUGGCCCACCGCGCCAAUCCAUUGUAGAUGCUAUUUUACAGGGGAGGAUAGCAUUAUCGACGCGCAUCGCGGGGACCGUCGUGAUGUUGGGGUUCGUCCUCGCGGCACAAUGGCAUUUCUUGCAGAGCGGAAACCCGCGCAGCCCUGCAGGAUUCUUGCGUCAUUUCUGGAGAACUAACAAUGUAGAAGACUCGCCACCUUACGCGCAGAUACACCAGGCUCGGAGCCCGAAGUCUUGGCUGCGUCUCCAAGAUCACGAGACAGCAAAGGAGGUCAUCAAUGUUAUCAAGCCCUGGGCUCACAGCUAUGUUGCUCGAGUCCAUGACCCGGUCAUUUUCGUGCUCAAGGGUGCCAACCGGAACCCUCCCAAGGGCGCGCGGUGGUUUCCGGACGCAAUAUACGACUUUAUGCACCACCAGCUUACACCUUUCAUCGUUACGGUCCUCGUUCUGGUGGCUCUAGUCCGUCUUCUCAUGAAUUACUUGCUCUGGGAUGAAAUGGUGGACGUCAGGGGCGAGGAUGAGGCGGACGAUGAGCCUCUCGUCUCGAUCAAAAAUCUAGCAAACGGACAUCAGCUCGAUAUUGCGAGGUUGCUGGUCGCUCCCGACAGCCAUGUGGUGUCCGCUGGACUUGAUCGCAAGAUCAGGGUGUGGGACCUGCAGUACGACUUCGCAAGCCACGAUCUAGACAGGCCCGAAUCUCCAAUGGACAACCCAUUCCCAAUACAGGCGAUGGCAGUCGACAAUUCGUCGAAUUGGUUGGCGAUACUUUCGACGUACCGAGUCCUGCUCUGGAGCAUCACGAAGCAGGAAUGGGGACCUUCGGCACCUAUCGACAUGUACGGGCACAAGCCAGAGGCCUUCUUCUUCGGCUCCGCCGGAAACAGCUCUCUGCGUUCCAUCGUCAUUGUAAGACGGAAUGGUACUAUGACCGAGCUGUUGCCCGGUGCCCCCGACUCCUCGGAGUACCUGAUCUGCAAAAGCCCCCUGAUCUGUGCUGUAACCAUUGCGGAAAAGGGUAAGCAUCUGCCACCUAGCUCUCGUUCAGCCAGUACCAUCGCGAACCCUCGGCUGACCAAUGUCGACCCGCCUGUAGCAACAUCGGCUCAAUCUGAGCCACGCUUGUCCAUUGUCACUUUGUCACGACGUGCCUGCAUACACCGGGUUGACUAUCGCGACGGCAUCUGGAUAUCUUCGGAGGCCAUAAUUGCGGGUGACAACCACGAGGAGCCGCAGGCUCUAUUACCGGUUCAGGGCUUCGCGUCGUACAUGGUCGUUCGAACAAGCAGUGUCGACCUGAUCGAUCUCUAUUCUUCCAAGUUGAUGCACACCUUCCGAACUGAGACGAUACUGCCGAAAUCUCUCAAGUUUGUUUACCAAGGACAAAGAAUGGGUCCUGGUGGCCGGGGCACUGUCGCCUCUCUGACGCUGGCCUACCUGAGUGGAGACGAUGGUGAAUGUGUGCUUCAGACAUAUCUCCCAGGCGAAGACUACGACAACAUUUGUUUCUCAGAUCUAGUCGGUGCGCCCGCGCGAUCUAGCUGUACAUGGGCAGAAACGAAGCUAAUUACCCGUCGGAUACGUAACCCCGGUGCAUGGACUCCAUUGCGCAACGGGUGCGUAGUUGGCAUAAGGAGGAAAGAAAAAGACGAUCGGGGAUCUCCGAUGAGAGAACGACUGCCCGCAUUUGCGCAAUCCGGCCUUCGCCGGCGGGGACAUGCUGAUCCCUCGCCGAGACGGAGCAAGCUAGAGGAAACGUGGGAAAUAUGGGUGAUAAGCCGGGUCGAGAAGGAAGGAAACAUUGAGACCACGCCCCUUGUCGCGCCAGAUGACCCUGCUGGACUGAUCAUAUCAACGCUCGGGCCUAUGAUCAAGGUUGGCUACAGCAGUGCCGCGGUUGGCUUUGGGAACGUCGUCAAGAUCAUCACAGUAGGCCACGAACGUUUCAACAAUGCGGACGAGGAAGGGGCUGAGGACAUAAACCUCACCAACAGGCGGAGGCGAGCACCACAUUCGAGGCCUAGAGUUUCCUCUUUGUCGUACAAGCAAUACAAGCGUUGA